AUGACCUCAGCCGAAACAUUAUAUGAGUGCCGUUGGGUAUGGAAAAUGGCAUCGGGACCGUUUGAUGGGUGUUGAUGUUGUCUUGGAUAUGAGGGGAUGAUUCGCAAUACUCUCGAGUCGAGUUGAGCUUGUGAUGGUUGGUGGGGUUUGCUGUGGUGGGGUGGAUUUAUAGGUUCUGCGUUCUCGAAAGUACCAGGGCGGUGUAUUUGUGAUACCGACCUUCUACCAAUCAAGAACGCUUCCCAAAGGUGUGUCCACUGUGAACCCCUGCAUUGGAUAUUUUCAGGGAGAAGAGGUGCCAUGGGCAGAGCUCCAACUGGCAGAAAAUGGCCAUUGCCAGCGCCGACUGACCCACCAAGUCCACCACCCACCCCCCGUUAGCCUAAUCGAUGCGACCGCCAGCCAUGAUAUUGUCUACCGCGUUUGCUGUAGUCCCAUCUUCACCAUAGACUUCUCAAAUACUUCUCCUCAGCCCUCCUCUCAAUAUCAGGCCAGCUUGAAUGCACGACAUCCCACAGACAAUCGUGUUAUAGACAAGGUGCCAGGAGGAGGGAGGAACUCGGGAUCUGGAAGAGAAACCACUCACACCGACCCCACGCAAUUCAGCGAAACCUACGAACUCGUCGAGUACUCCGAUAUCCAGCAGCGAGCAGAGGCUACCGCAAAGCUACACCAACAGGAAGUCAAGCGGGCAGACAAGAGGCGACGGCUGGAUCACGAGGACGAGAUGAAGUUCUCACACAGCAUUCAGUUUAAUGCCGUGCCCGACUGGAGCAGCAAGUACAUUGCUUACAGCAACCUGAAGAAACUGUAGGUACCUCGUGUUUUGUGCUCCGCAAGGUGCCGGUGCCAGUGCCAGUGCCAGUGCCGGUGCCAGUGCCAGUGCUACCCUUGAAUAGCCUCAUUCUGUGCUGCCCAGCAUGCGAGAGCUAUAGACUGACAAUCUGCAGUAUUUAUCAGCUAGAAAGAACCAUCCACCGCCCCUCUACCGGAGAAGACGAUGCCGAAGGUUCUCCCCUCAUCCAAGCCGACAACCCAGACUCUGUGUUCCAACGAGCCCUAGAUGCCGAGCUCGAGAAGAUUUCCACAUUCUACCAACUCAAGGAGCUAGAGAUUUAUGGCGAGGUAUCGGAUUUACUCAAGGAUGAAGCCUCAUUUGAAACCGAGGUCCAAGAUCAGGAUGGCGCAGGACAUUCGAGGGGAAACGGGGCUAGUAGGUCUUCCGCAGGGCCUCGGCAAAGCAGCAUCUUUCGAAGUUUUCAACAAGCUCGAAGGAGCAGCACAAUUAGCAGAUCGAUAGAUGAGGGGGGCAUGGAAGACAGUGAUGAGGACGACGAUGAUGAUGAAAAUACCGCGUUGCAAAAGUCAAGAUCGAGUUUAAAUCGAACUAAGAGCGCUCCCUACGAGGCAAAUCCAAGUCGGGAGGAUAUGCUGGGUUCGAUUGACAUGAGCAAGUCGGGCAGGCGGAAUAGCCAAAACUACGACGAUUACGCCGAGCAAGCCUUUUCCACUUUAUAUUCAUCCGGCAUCACGCUGAAAAAGCGGGCAAUUAGUCUCUAUGUACAACUUUGCGAACUGAAAUCAUUUAUCCAACUGAAUAAGACGGGAUUUACCAAGGUGUUGAAGAAGUACGAUAAAAUUCUCAAUCGACACCUGAAAUCUACAUAUACCGAAAAGGUCGUAGCAACAGCCUACCCAUUCCUCCCACAAACCAUAAAACAUGUGGAAGAAAAUAUUACCAAGAUGGAACAGGCAUAUGCAGCGGUUGUUACCCAAGGAGACGUAACUGCGGCUAAGAAGGAAUUGAGAUUACAUUUACGAGAGCACGUUGUAUGGGAACGAAACACCGUCUGGCGAGAGAUGAUUGGAAUUGAACGAAAAGCUCAAGCUGCUAAUCUGGGACUAAGGAGAACUCUUUUAGGUCAAAAUAAUGAUCCUACCCAAGCCAGACUUCAGGGAGAUGAGGAUUCUACCGAGAUCAAGGAGCUGCAAACGCCGGUGGGGAGAAUCAGAUUACCAAGCUGGUUGCUGAGUUCGACGAUGCUCACAUUAAUAGCCAUCGUUGCAAUAUUUAUCAUCUUGCUAUAUAUUCCCAUCAUGAAAAAGGAGGAACAGCAAAAUUGCUUAGCAAUGUUAAUUUUUGUUAGUCUUUUAUGGGCUACAGAGGUAAUUUUCUUCAAGUCAGUCCACAAUAUAUAUACUGACGUGCUUAGGUCAUUCCCCUUUUCGUGACAUCUCUUCUCAUCCCUUUUCUAUGUGUCGUCUUAAGAGUUGUACGCUCUGAUGAGAAACCGCACCACCGUCUUGAUCCGGACGAGGCCACCAAGUAUAUCUUUAAAGCCAUGUGGACGCCCGUGAUUAUGCUCUUGCUUGGUGGUUUCACGGUGGCUGCUGCAUUGUCAAAAUACGACAUUGCUAAACGAAUAGCAGUAUUUGUUCUCAGUAAAGCAGGUACGCGACCGAGAACCGUUCUUCUGGCCAAUAUGUUUGUAGCAGCUUUCGCCAGUAUGUGGAUUAGUAACGUUGCUGCGCCCGUGUUGUGCUUCUCAAUCAUUCAGGUGAGACUCCUUUCCCUAGUAUGUCUCUUCAGGACUGACAAACAUCAAUAGCCAAUGUUACGAAAUCUUCCAGCAGAUUCCCAAAUGCCAAAAGCUCUAAUUCUUGGUAUUGCACUUGCCUCCAACAUUGGUGGUAUGCUCUCACCCAUCGCCUCGCCUCAGAAUAUUGUUGCAAUUCAGAUCAUGUCUCCUGAACCAUCAUGGCUUAUAUGGUUCUUCGUCGUUAUUCCCGUUGGUAUCCUUUCCAUCCUCAUGAUCUGGAUCAUCUUGCUCGUCAGUUUCCAGCCUGGUAAAGGUACAACCAUCGUCCCAAUCCGUCCGGUGAAGGAUAAAUUCUCUGGUGUGCAAUGGUUCAUCUCCUUUGUCACUUUGGCCACCAUUAUGCUGUGGUGUGUUAGUCAUCAACUUGAGUGGUUAUUCGGUGACAUGGGUAUUAUUGCCAUCAUCCCACUUGUCCUCUUCUUCGGCACGGGUAUUCUGACCAAGGAAGAUUUCAAUAAUUUCCUAUGGACGAUCAUUAUUCUUGCCGCUGGUGGACUCUCCCUGGGAAAGGCUGUUAACUCCUCAGGUCUGUUACACACCAUCGCAGGCGCUAUCACGAAAGAAGUCGAGGGCUUCUCGUUGUACGCAGUCCUGGUCGUCUUUGCGAGUUUGAUUCUCGUGGUUGCCACCUUCAUCAGUCAUACCGUGGCGGCCCUAAUUAUUCUCCCGCUGGUGCAUAGUGUGGGGGCCAAUAUGGAAGAGCCACAUCCCAAUCUUUUGGUCAUGGGCGGUGCGUUGAUGUGUAGUGCCGCUAUGGGUCUCCCUACAUCUGGAUUCCCCAAUAUGAGUAUGUAUCCCCCUUCUCUUUCUUCCUCCCUUUACCCCAUUCUGCAAGCUUCUGCGUGCGUGAUAUAAAAGGACCAAGCUAACUUAUACCCGUAGCGGCCAUCAUGAUGGAGGACUCGCAGACCGGGCAGCGAUACCUCCAGGUCAAACACUUUAUCAGUCGUGGUGUACCGGCUAGUCUCUGUACCCUCCUGGUGGUUAUUAGUGUGGGGUAUGGGUUGAUGCUUGUGGUGGGUAUGUAAGGUCUUUGUAGCGAGUUAAUUUACCUUUUUUUCUCUUCAUUGGGGAAUUGGGGAUGGGGGAGGGUUUCAAAUGGAACGUUUUCUGGAAUUGCGUGCUUGCUGCAUUUUGAAUGA